CUGUGGGAAGUGCCAAAAUGUUGCACUGUCUCAGCUUCUUUUAAACCUUUUUCCAUUUGCCUCCCUCCCUAUUUUCCUCUCUCUCCUUCUCCGUACUCUGUAGUCUGUACCCAAAGACUAUAAAGAAACAAUUUGCCGCCGGAAAGUUUGAAACUGUAAAGCUUAUACAAUUUCGGUGGGUAAUUUGGGGAGAGGAGAGAGAUGGUUACGUCACCGGUGGUGAACACGUAUCCACUGUCGAGCUACACCUUCGGCACCAAAGAGCCGAAGAUGGAGAAGGACACGUCCGUCGCGGAUCGCCUUGCUCGCAUGAAAGUCAAUUAUAUGAAAGAAGGUAUGAGGACAAGCGUUGAAGCAAUUUUACUGGUCCAAGAACAUAAUCAUCCUCACAUUCUUCUUCUGCAAAUUGGGAACACAUUCUGCAAACUUCCUGGUGGCCGCCUGAAGCCUGGAGAGAAUGAGAUUGAGGGUUUAAAAAGGAAGCUGACCAGCAAGCUCGGAGCUAAUUCACCUGCUCUUGUGCCAGACUGGCAGAUUGGUGAAUGUGUGGCCAUCUGGUGGAGGCCCAACUUUGAGACCAUAAUGUAUCCAUAUUGUCCUCCCCACAUCACAAAACCCAAGGAGUGCAAGAAGCUUUUCCUUGUUCACUUGUCUGAGAAAGAGUACUUUGCAGUACCAAAAAAUCUGAAACUUCUUGCUGUACCAUUGUUUGAGCUAUAUGAUAAUGUUCAGAGAUAUGGACCGGUCAUAUCAACCAUUCCUCAGCAGCUUUCCAGAUUCCAGUUCAACAUGAUUACUACUUGACUUUGGCAUGGAUGUCAAGAGUGAACCUUCCUGCUUGCAUCCUGACUGCUACAUCCAGGAGAAUAUUACUUGGGCUUCAAGAGUUGACAGCCUGAUGGUAUUUAGUGAGAGAAUUCUGGUACUUGGGUACCCUAAGUUGAUUAAGGUGACUGAAACAUUGACACUAUGGCAAACCUUUGCACCCUAAUUUGGUCACAAACCUUUUUAUUAGUGUUCACUUUUAUUAUAGUUUAGGCCACUGCUGAUUAUGGUCUGUCUUGCCUGAGUCCCUUGUCACAUUGGCUCCCAACUUAGAUGGUUUAUGGUUUUAUACACUUUUAAGAAUGUUUAACAUGCUAUUGUUUUGGGGUAUAUUGGGCUGUCAUAUCUUGGCUAUGGAAUAUGUCUGCUAUGUUUUCAUGUAAAGCUGAUUGUGCUCCCAGUGUAAUGUGUAAGGUGGAUAAUUGGCUAUGAA